AUUAACUUUCUGUACUGUUGCAUAACAGUUGCUCUCGCGUGUAACAGCCUUUUCCGACAGUUGGGCGAAAUAAAAAGCCACGAUUUCCAUUAAUUUGCUCUCUUUGCGUCAGCAGGGGAAUUUUAUCAGCAUACGGGGACCUUGUGAAUGUCCAAAAUGAAGAUAGCUGUGAUUGGUCAGAGUCUUUUUGGACAAGAGGUGUACAAGGAGCUGAGGAAGGAGGGACACAUCAUUGUUGGAGUUUUCACUAUACCUGACAAGGAUGGCAAAGCUGACCCUCUAGCAACAGAGGCUAAGAAGGACAAUGUGCCAGUCUUCAAGUUCUCCCGCUGGCGUCUGAAGGGUAAGGCCAUCCCAGAGGUGGUGGACCAGUACAAGGCCACUGGCGCCGAGCUCAAUGUCCUGCCCUUCUGCUCCCAGUUCAUCCCCAUGGAGGUGAUCAACCACCCCCAACAUGGCUCCAUCAUCUACCACCCCUCCCUGCUGCCCCGACACAGGGGGGCCUCUGCCAUAAAUUGGACCUUGAUUCAUGGCGACAAAAAAGGCGGUUUCACUCUGUUCUGGGCGGAUGAUGGACUUGACACUGGACCAAUCCUUUUACAGAAGGAGUGUGAUGUCGAACCUGACGACACUGUAAACACCAUCUACAAGAGAUUCCUCUUCCCAGAGGGAGUUAAGGGCACAGUAGAGGCUGUGAGGUUGAUUGCAGAUGGAAAAGCCCCAAAGAUUACUCAACCAGAAGAAGGGGCUACAUACGAGGGCAUCCAAAAGAAAGAUAAUGCAAAGAUUGACUGGAAUCAGCCAGCAGAGGCCAUUCACAACUGGAUCAGGGGAAAUGACAAAGUCCCUGGUGCCUGGGCAGAAGUUGAUGGACAGAAAGUGACCUUCUAUGGCUCAACCCUAGUUGACAAUGACACAGGAGCUAAUGGACAACCACUGGACAUCCCCGGCGCCAACAAACCCGGGAUGGUCACCAAGACGGGGUUGGUGCUGUUUGGAAACAAUGGCAAUGCGUUGCUGGUAAAAAAUUUACAGUUUGAGGAUGGGAAGAUGAUAGCGGCAUCGCAGUAUUUCAAAUCCGGAGACAGUGCUGCUGUGCAGCUCACUGAGGAGGAGAAGGCCUUCGCUGGUCAGAUGCGGGAUGUGUGGAAGAGCAUUCUAACUAACGUGGCCCAGAUUGAAGAUUCCACUGACUUCUUCAAGUCAGGUGCUGCCUCCAUGGAUGUGGUCAGGCUGGUGGAGGAGGUGAAGCUGAGGGCCAGUAGCUGCCUGCUGCAGAAUGAGGACGUUUACAUGGCCACCACCUUCCAGGACUUUGUCCAGAUGUGUGUGAGGAAGCUCAGAGGAGAGGAUAGCAAGGAGGAGCUGGUUGUGGACUAUGUGGAGAAGAACAUCAACAAUAUGACCAUUCAGAUGCCUCAUCAGCUCUUCAUCAAUGGACAGUUUGUGGAUGCAGAGGGAGGGAAGACCUACGAGACUAUCAAUCCCACAGAUGGAAUGGCCAUAUGUGACGUAUCUCUCGCUCAAGUCAGUGAUGUGGACAAAGCUGUAGCUGCGGCUAAGGGGGCCUUUGAGAAGGGCGAAUGGGGCAAGAUGAACUCUAGAGACAGAGGCAGACUCAUGUACAAGCUGGCUGACCUCAUGGAGCAGCAUCAGGGGGAGUUGGCAACCAUUGAGUCCUUGGACUCCGGGGCCGUCUACACCCUGGCCGUCAAGACCCAUGUGGGCAUGUCCAUACAGUCCUUUCGCUACUUUGCCGGCUGGUGUGACAAGAUUCAGGGCUCCACCAUCCCCAUCAACCAGGCUCGGCCCAAUCAUAACCUCACCUUCACCAAGAAAGAACCAAUAGGAGUUUGUGGUAUAGUGAUCCCCUGGAACUACCCUCUGAUGAUGCUAGCCUGGAAGACUGCUGCUUGUCUGGCAGCUGGCAACACUGUAGUCCUGAAACCAGCUCAGGUGACACCUUUGACAGCUGUGAAGUUUGCAGAGUUGGCAUCCAGAGUGGGAUUCCCAAAGGGGGUUAUCAACAUACUUCCUGGAUCCGGUGCUCUGGUUGGCCAGCGUCUGUCGGACCACCCUGAUGUACGCAAGCUGGCCUUCACUGGCUCUACGGAAAUUGGCAAACAUAUCAUGAAGAGCUGUGCAGUUAGCAAUGUGAAAAAAGUAUCGUUGGAGCUGGGGGGUAAAUCGCCUCUUAUCAUCUUUAGUGACUGUGAUAUGGACAAAGCAGUACGCAUGGGCAUGAGCUCUGUGUUUUUUAACAAGGGUGAAAACUGCAUUGCGGCCGGUAGGCUGUUUGUGGAAGACACCAUCCACGACCACUAUUUGAAGAGAGUGGUUGAGGAGGUUGAGAAGAUGAAGAUUGGUGAUCCUUUGGACCGUUCCACAGACCAUGGACCCCAAAACCAUAAAGCCCACAUGGAUAAACUGGUAGAAUACUGCCGUGCAGGUGUCAAGGAGGGGGCCACCCUAGUAUGUGGGGGGAAACAGGUCAGACGCCAAGGUUUCUUCUUUGAACCCACGAUAUUUACAGAUGUACAAGACUACAUGUUUAUUGCAAAAGAGGAAUCAUUUGGCCCAAUCAUGAUCCUCUCCAAGUUCAAGAGUGGCGACCUGGACGAUGUCUUGAGGAGAGCAAAUGCCACAGAGUAUGGUCUGGCAUCGGGCGUGUUCACACGUGACAUCAGCAAAGCCCUGUACGUAAGCGAGAGGCUGAACGCCGGUACAGUCUUUGUCAACACGUACAACAAGACGGAUGUGGCCGCGCCAUUUGGAGGCUUCAAGCAGUCUGGUUUUGGCAAAGACCUUGGAGAGGAGGCUCUGAACGAAUACCUGAAAACCAAGGUUGUGACCAUUGAAUAUUAAGUUUGGAAUGAGAGAUAUUGAUAUCAUGUUGUUAUAAAUUGGCAGAACAACCAACUGUAGAUCUACAUAUGCUGAACCUGUAUGUUUUGUCACUGGUCUCUAAAAACGAAUAAACAACACUAUCUGGA